UUUCAUACCUGUUUCUGAGCUGCUGGCUUUUCACAGAAAACCGCGAAUUGCGUUAAAAAGAUGCGCCGACCUUUUGCGUAUUCGACUGCUAAUAAAAGGUUUAACUGGAACCGUGAGAAGGAAUAAAUAAUUAAAUCGUCUGUCAGUUCUCACUUUCCUCUUUCAGCAUGCAGCUGUUGCCACUCCUACUGUAUAAUAUGCCUGAUCAAAUGUAUGACUAAUGAAAAGUACUGCGAUGAACUUGAUCUGCCUGAUUUCUGUGGUUCUACUCACAUUUCGAUAUGGAAACGGUGGAAGAGUUGGAAUGGCCUCCCACUCGAAGAUUAUUCAAAGGAAUGCUAGACAAGCAGCGAAUGACGGUUGUAGCCGUAACUUGAGAGUGGGCAGCGGCAGAGGCUUCCUAACGAGCCCCGGUUUUCCCAACAACUACCCGAGCAGCUCUGAUUGUAGAUGGCUGCUUACAAGUUCCAGGAAAAAUGGCAACAUCACGCUCAAGAUCCAUUCGCUGGCUAUGGAGGAGGACACCAACUGCAGACUGGACUACUUGCAGGUAUACCUGGGGUCCAACGGCUUGGCUCCUUCGCUGGGCCCCUUCUGCGGGCAAAUCAGCAACCGAAUCCUCAAGACCAACUCUUCCCAGGUACUCGUGGUCUUCCACUCCGAUCCUGUCAACGAGUACAAAGGAUUUUCCCUCGAGUAUUACGCUCAAGUGGGUGGAGGGUGCGACAAACUGUUCGCCGAAGAUUCGGGCGAACUCCAGACUCCGAGUUAUCCCAAUAACUACCCGGACAAUGCCGACUGUUGGAUGACCAUCACUGUCACUCCUGGUAAGCAAAUCUCCUUGACGUUCGACGUCGUGGAUCUCGAGUUUGAUGAGAAAUGCAACUUGGAUUAUGUGAAUGUAUUCGAUGGCUCAACGGAAAAUUCAACCUUGCUCGCUCGAUUCUGUCAUGGCAUUCAGAAGUUCGAAUCGACGGGGAACUCCCUACUCUUGCACUUUCAUUCAGACGAGACCUACAACAAAAAGGGUUUCCAUGCCAAGUACGAAGCAAUUGAUCGGAGAUUGCAACCUGUAGGAGAUUGUUUAUGGCAACGUGAAGAGUGGAAUGGUAGCGUGGGCCAGCCCAAACUACCCAAAUAAGUAUCCUGAGUCGUCUGAAUGCGUUAUUUGGUUAAUAGCCCCACCGGGUCAUUGGAUAUCCAUAGU